AUGAAAGCCCGAAUCUUCAUUCGUAUGAGUAUAUACGUCAAUGUUUGUUCUGCACACCAUUCGCAAGCCUUCAAUUCGUUUACACAGGCGAAGCGUCCUGCGGCGGCGGCGGCGGGUCACCACCGGUCGAGUGACGCGGGUCGAGAGGGCGAGGCCCAGGCGGCGCCGCCAGACCGGGGUCGGGGCGUUGAGCUGGCGCGGGAAGAAGCGGCCGCCCGCCCGCGCCGCCUGGCGCGACGAAGAAGAAACGACUGCCCCUCUCUCUCCUUCGUGCCCGACCGCUCACCUGCUCCUUCGUUAGGGCGCUGUGCCCGCCGCGGUCGCCGCGGUGGCAGCGGCGGCGGCGGCGGCGGCGGCGUAGGCGGGGCGACAAGAGCCGGCGGUGGAGCUUGGGACGAUAGAUUUCGUAACGACCCGGUAUUGUCAAUUGUAGCGGCUACUCUUAAGCCGAUUGUGACAAAUUGGGAAUGA